AUGCGGCCGCACCAGCCAUAUCUGAUUUUUGCUGCAGUCACUGGAGGGGUGGACGCUAUCAGUCGUCCUUCCUUGAACCCCUUAGGGGCGCAGCAUGUCUCACUUAAAGCUGAUAAACCGUCCUACAUUCCCUCUUUCACCGACCAAUCGCCCCCAUACAGCGGUUGUUUGGUCGAUCGUACCGACUGGAAGGUCUUCUGCAACAGCGAUACUGAAGAUGAAUGUAAGAAAGCUGUUGACGGUGACAAUAGCACUUACUGGCGAAGCCGUGACGAAAUGACAUCACAUGUUAUCACGGUUGACCUGGGUCGACCUGCCUACCAUGUCAGUGCUGUCGCCAUGCUGCCGCCGCAGAGGGACGACGCACAAGGCCUGAUCACCCAACAUAAGGUCUCUCUGAGCGAGGAUGGUAACAACUGGGGCGAGCCUGUCGCGUACGGCACGUGGCCUGCGGAAGGCAGACUGAAGCUUUCGACAUUUGAACCUAAAUCAGCUCGAUAUGUGCGGCUUGUUGCAGAUACACGUGGCACGAACCAAACCUGGGUUGGUAUCUCCGAGCUGAGCAUCUACGCAACGCCUUAUGCUAUCCCUCAGAAUCCGUCCCUUGGCGCUUGGGGUCCAACUCUCGAUUUUCCGAUUGUGCCGGUAUCGGCGGCCAAUGAGGCAUCUGGUAAGAUAGCCGUAUGGUCGUCCUGGGCUCAAGAUUUGUACUUCUCCACCCCUGGUGGGCAAACGGCUAUGAGUCGAUGGGACCCAACUGGAGGCCACAUUUCAAGCCGAGUGGUGACUGAUACCCAUCAUGAUAUGUUCUGUCCGGGGACCUCUAUUGAUGGCACCGGAAUGCUAGUUGUAACAGGUGGUAAUGAUGCGGAGCAGACUAGCCUCUAUGAUGCUGUAGAGGAUAAAUGGAUCCCUGGCCCCCCGAUGCGCAUGCGUCGUGGAUACCAGUCCUCUGUGACGGUCUCUGAUGGACGAGUCUUUGUGAUUGGUGGCUCUUGGAGUGGCGGUUCAAGCAGACCGAAAGAUGGAGAGAUUUACGACCCCAAGGCUAGAAGCUGGACUAAGCUUCCAGGGGCCAAGGUUGAUCCUAUGCUGACAGAUGAUACCGAAGGCAGAUGGAGAGCCGAUAACCAUGGCUGGCUCUUUGGCUGGAAGGACUUGUCUGUCUUUCAAGCGGGUCCUAGUAAGGCUAUGAAUUGGUAUCAUGUUGGGGGUAAUGGCACGGUUACCCCUGCGGGUCCCCGUAUUGGAGAUGAAGACUCCAUGUCCGGCAGUGCUGUAAUGUUUGAUGCUCUAGCAGGCAAAAUACUCACAUUGGGUGGCUCCCCAGACUAUGAGAUGUCCCACGCCACGAACAAUGCUCGCCUUAUCACAAUUGGAGAACCCUGCGAGACACCUCGGGUUGAAGUAGCAGGACAAAACGGAGGAGGGAUGCACUAUAAACGCGUCUUUCACUCGACCGUCGUUCUGCCAGACGGUACUGUGUUUAUAGCAGGCGGCCAAACCUUCGGGCUUGCUUUUAAUGAGGAGAAUGUACAGCUGACCCCGGAGCUUUACUUUCCUCAUAACAACAGCUUUAUCCAGCUGCAGACCAACAACCUUGUCCGCGUCUACCAUAGCUGGUCCAUCUUACUCCCCGAUGCCACCGUUCUCAACGGUGGUGGUGGUCUUUGUGGAAACUGCACAGCCAACCACUACGAUGCUCAGAUAUUCACUCCGCCUUACCUCCUCAACAGCAAUGGGAAUCGUCGCCCACGCCCUAAAAUUAUAUCUGUUGCCAGUAGAAAGCUUCACGUUGGACAGGAGGGGUGGGUUCGAACUGACUCCGACGUCUCCAGCGCUUCCUUUAUCCGCCUAGGAAGUACCACUCACACAGUGAAUACCGACCAGCGGCGCAUUCCUCUUCCACUCAAGAAAGUCAGCGGCCACAAGUACCGCUUUACUAUCCCAAGUAAACCUGGAAUUACAAUUCCGGGGCACUGGAUGUUGUUCGUCCUUGACGCGGACGGUACCCCUAGCGUAGCUGAGACAAUUCUAAUCACUGUUGGGAACGGUCCGGAUGAUGGCCCUUAUGACCAUGAGGAUAUUGGGGGAGACUCCCAUGAACCCACUUGGCAGUCUUGGAAACCAGCCCUUAUCGAGCAAUUUGGACAGUGGUUCGGAUACUGA